AUGGGAACUUGGCAGUUUGUGUCCAUCGCGUUGGUGACGCGUAGUAAAGGACAUCGGUACAGCGAGCAAGACGACUUGGAGUCCGUGCUAUGGGUUGUCGCCUAUUGCUUAGCCCGGUACACAAACCUAUACAGUGGCUCUAAUAAAGCACUUGUCGAGUACCUGUACACCUGCUUCGACGCAGCGCACACUGCUAGUCGGCAACACGAAGGCCUCCCGGAGGCGCAUACGGGUGGAGAUGCGAAGAGGAGGGCGCUGCAAAAUAUGUCGAAGUUGCCCAAUAUGUCGAACGGCGGAUCAUCCUUCUUGUCGGAUGGAACCCAUCCUGCCAUACGCUACCUCCUCAUUCAGCUGGCACGCUCGCUCUGCCUCUUUCUGCAACGACGUUCAGCAGAGGCUGUCUUGCUCCCUUUCGGCGAUAACUCUCCCGAGGAGGACGACCCUACAUUCGACGAUUACUUCAACGCUGACGUUGUGCUGGACGUGGUCAAGAAGAUGGAGAAGAGAUCAUUCCCUUUCACGCAUCAAAACAUUGCCAAGACUCUCGAGACCGCUCGCGAGAAGUUUGUAAGCACUGACCUAUCCUCGUCGAGCUCUGAGGUCUACGGCUCCAAAAUGCUACCUGAUCGCGUGAAAGCGCAUCACGCCGAUGAGCGCCGGCGGGAGGAAGCAAAGAGCGAAGACUAUUACAUAAACUACGAAUGA